CUGUUAACAAGCUUCCAUGGCAUCUGACAUGCAUUGAAGUGUUUUGUUUAUGUUCAGUGUUUUGAGUGCUGCAAAAAGGAUGAAGAACACUUUGGAGCUGUACAGUUUGAAACACAGGAUCUUCCUAGUGAAACAGUUCUAUCAGGAAUUGGGCAAUUAUGUGUGUGUGAAAAAUAACUAUGAGGACUACUACGGAGGCUGCAGUGAUAGCCCAAUAUUCUCCAGAGAUGUCCUUGUUGAGGUUAUCAGGCUUUUUGAGGAGACUGGAAGUGUCCUGAAAUGCCCAAGUAUCAUUCCAGUGCAAAAUGCCAAGGUUGAACAAUCUUCCUUUGACAUAGAAUUGGUUUGUGUGAAGACCGAAGAGGAUACUCAGGAGGAAAAACAGGAUGAUGUCGAUGUUAAAUCUGAGACAGAUGAUCAGAUAUUUGAUGAUUUUCCACCCAUUCAGUUUGAUGAAUCCCCAGCAGGCUCACCACAGGCUAACUAUGAAACCCUGGAGGUGGAAGAGGAGCAAAAGGAAGAAAUUGCUGAUGACAAUGGCAAUGAAGCACAAGAAAAUUCUGCUGAGGUAGCGGUUGAAGAGGACAAGGAAGAUCCAACAAAACCACAGAUUGAUAUCCUCCAGGAGACUGUAAUUACUCAAAGCCUGUUUGUGGCAUGUGUACUUUGUGACCACAAGUGUCUCAGGCGGGAACUAAUUAAGCACAUGAGGAGCCAUGAGAAAAAGCGACGACAUACAGCUAAAAAGCUAAUCUGUGAGUUUUGUGGUAAAUUCUUUGCCAAUUUCUCACGAUUGGAUCAGCAUCAAACAUGCCAUAUGGACACAAAGCGCUACAAAUGUCAGUACAAAGGAUGCAAUGAAUCCUUCAAGUGGCUAUCCUCCUACCAAAGGCACAAGGAAACGCACGCAGACAAGCAAAAAGAACAUCUCAAAUUCAAAUGCGACAUCUGCAUGAAGUCAUUCCUUUAUCUCAGCAAUUUGAGGAGACACAUUGCCAAUUCCCACGAUACUGGUGAUAGAUACACCUGCGAAUUCUGCUCCAAGGAGUUCCGGAAGAAGCAGAAAUUGCUAACUCACAUGAAGAGCCACGAUGGAGGAGUGCCACUGUCUCAGGUUGGCAAGAAGCGCCCCAAAGAGUACAAACAGUGCGAAGAAUGCGGGAAGAUGUGCUCCACUGCAACUUACGAGAAGCACAUGAUGACUCAUAGCGGGGAACGGCCUCUAAAAUGCGAACUUUGUGGAAAAGGUUUUAUCUGGAAUUGCGGCUACAAGACGCACAUGCUGAAGCACAAGGGAGUUGUAGUGAAAAAGAACUGGCCAAUGUGCGAGAUUUGUGGGAGGAAAAUGGCCGGUGAACGAACCCUAAGGUUGCACAUGAAGAAAAUUCACGAGAGGCCAGAACAAGAGUUCAAGUGCAUGGUAUCUGGAUGUGGGAGAUCUUAUCCGAAUGAGAAGUUCCUCCGGAGGCAUAUGGAUCGGCACAAUGGGAAGAGGCACAAAUGUCCUCUCUGCAGUGCUGACUACAAAGACAAAUCUCAACUGAAGAUUCACAUGGACAAGGUUCAUUCCAAGAAUGAUCCACCGCUGAAAUGCGAGAGAUGUGGAAAGUGUUCGUGGAGUAUCAAGGAUCACAGAGUUCACAUGAGAAAUCGCCAUAAAAUAGAAAUUCCGUAUUUGCGCAAGAAACCACAGCAAGUUAAUUAAAUAUUAGAGAGAUUCUGUCUACUGCAAUCAUCACAAAAUGUGUAAGGAAUAUUUAAAGAAAUAUAGUAGUGAUAUUAAAAA